CCCGGCGGCGGCGGGGGCUCGCGGGCGUUGGAGCCUCGCCGGCUUCGAGACGGCCGUGGGGUAGCACGAGCUCCGCUGCGGGAGGUCCCCGAGAGCGGCAAUGCCCCGGCUCCCAUGGGAGCGCCCGGACAGACACACUGUUGUCUGCGGCCCGGCGUGACCUCCACGGGCGGCGGGCAGAGCCGCGGGCUGGGGCGGGCCGCCAAAUCCCGGUGAGGUGAGGGCUCAGCCCCGAGAGCCGCCACGGCGGGACGCAGCGAGGCGCUGAGCCGAGCCGAGACGGGGGCCAUGGCCUCGCCGCACCAGCUCCCCAGCUGGACCUUGUUUCUGGCUGUUUGUGCUGUUGGAAUUGGAGGGACCUUUCAGUAUGGGUAUAAUGCUUCCAUCAUCAAUGCCCCCACCCAGCACAUACACAGGUUCUUAAAUGAAACCUGGACUAAUCGUUAUCACGAGGCACUGAAUCCAGAUCUGCUGACUUUUCUUUGGUCUGUCAUUGCUUCUGUAUUUUCACUUGGGGGCCUGUGUGGAGCCAUUGUUGGAGGCAGCAUGGCAAUUUGUCUGGGCAGGAAAGGAGCUCUUUUGAUGAAUAAUGUUAUAGCAAUACUAGCCUCCAUUUUAAUGGGGAUCAGUUUUCCUACAGGAUUGUUUGAGUUACUGAUUGUUGGAAGGUUUUUGAUUGGCAUAAAUUCAGGUGUUGGGAUCUGUGUGCAGCCUCUGUAUCUUGGGGAGGUUGCCCCAAAACAUCUUAGAGGUGGCAUGGCCAUGGGGAGUUCCAUCUUUCUGACUGGGGGGAUUCUGACGGGACAAAUAAUUGGUUUGAGGGAAUUAUUAGGUGGAGAAAUGUAUUGGCCUCUAUUGCUAUCCAACAGCUGUUUUCCAGCAUUUGCCCAACUUCUAUUCCUGCCAUGGUUUCCUGAAAGCCCCAGAUAUCUUCUUAUUGACAGGGGUGAUGAGCUGAGCUGUGUCAAAGCUUUGAAGCGAUUUCAUGGUUCUUCAGAGUAUCGCAGGGAGAUGGAAGACAUACAGCGUGAAAGCUUUGCCUUGGAUGGGGAAAAAGCCAAGAAGCCCUGUCAGUUAUUCACUGACCGUGCUGUAAGAUGGCAGCUCAUUACUGUGAUUGUGAUGACUAUGGGCCAGCAGCUCAGUGGGAUAAAUGCUAUUUAUUUCUAUGCAACUUACAUUUUUGAACAAGCUGGGAUCUCAGCAGAACAAAUCCCAUAUGUGACACUCGGCACCGGAGCUUGUGAAUGCCUCACAGCCCUCACUUGUGGUUUACUGAUUGACUACGUGGGAAGAAGAUAUCUCAUCAUUGGGGGUUAUCUCCUUAUGACCCUUUGGAGCAUUGUUUUAACGUUCUCCCUGACUUACCAGGAACUGUACCCAUGGGUGCCUUAUGUGAGCAUGACAUCGAUCUUUGCCUUCAUCUUGAGCUUCGGGUUGGGGCCAGGUGGCGUAACAAAUACCCUGAUAGCUGAACUGUUCAUACAGUCGUCACGUCCUGCUGCUUACAUGAUAGGAGGGACCAUCAGUUGGAUUAGUUUCUUCACCAUUGGGAUGCUCUUCCCCUUCAUAGUGAACAGACUGAAGCAGUAUUGCUUCCUGGUGUGCUUACUGGAGUGCUCCUCCGUGGCUGCUUUCCUCUUCCUUGUAAUUCCUGAGACAAAAAACAAAUCUUUUCUGGCAAUCAAAAAUGAAUUUCACAAGCUUAAUUUUGGAAGAAAUACAAAAAAAAAGGAAACGGAGCUUUAUGAAAGAAGACGUCUCCAUGAUGGGUUUUAAAAACCUGUGGGAUUUCACUGCUGCAGCAGAACUUCCAUGAGGAUUACGAACAGCAUCUUCUAAACUAGCUGUGCAAUGCCAUGAACAAGCAGUUUAUUCAAGCCUCCUGUGUGUUUAGAGGAUGUUUAAUAAAAGGCAACUUAAAUAACUUCUUUGAAAGAUUUAAGGACAUUCCUCAUCUAGACCCCACCACUGUAUCUGUACAAAGACAGGUCAGCGCCUGUCUGAAUUACUGCUAUUUGUAACACAUUUUAUUAGAAAGACUUGUUUCCUAAAAGGGUACAAAUAAAACAGAUUCUGGGGUUUGAGUCUGGAUUUAUUUUUUUGCCUUAACUAGCAUCUUAACAUUUGAAACUGGGCAACAGGGUGAAGCUUCUAGUUUUGAAGGUCAGACUGAGUUUUCCUGGUAGUUUCCUGGCAGACUGUCUAGUUUUCCUGGCAGACUGAGAUCAACAUCACAAAAAGCACUAGGAAGCAGGGAGGACAAGAACUAAAUAGUGUUCACCUCCACAGAUCCUUCAAGAUGGUCUGACAGAACAGACCAAAGGAGAACAUGGAGCCCGAAGGACCUGUUGAACGAGCUUUCUGCUUCAUCUCCACAAUUUUGUCCAAGGCUCUUUCUCAAAAGAAAUUACUCAUAUUUUAUUAGUCAAAAUGUAAAUCUUAAUUACAUCCAGUGUUUUCACAGCGUGUGCUCUGUGAAA